GCCGGCGUCCGCGCCCAGCCUCCUGGCGCGACCUUCUGCCGCUGGGCGCCUGCGCGGUGCGCGGGGCCGCAUGGCCGGGCCCCGCGGCCCUGAUGGACGAGGGCUGCGACAAGGGGGUGGCCCUGGUCAGCACCGCCGACGGCGCAGCGGCUCCGCCGAUCAUGGGCGUGUUCCCCUCCGAGGUGCCAGGGAUCCUCGAGCUGUGGGCGCCUGGCAACUCGACGCCGAUCGGGCCCGGCGAGACCGUGCCGGCGGGGCGAGAGUUGGCCGUGCGGUACAGCGGGUGGCACGCGGAGCAGGGCGGCGCGCACGUCGCCUACGCGGUCUCGUCUGGGGAGCUCGCCGGAAGCCGGCGCUGCGGCGACGGCGGCGCGAGGCUGCUGGCCACCUCGCGCGGCACGCCCUUCAUCUACCGCGCCUCCUGGCGCCCGGGGCCCGCCCCCGGCCCGGCAACGGUGGCCCUGGGCGUGGCCCACUCCAGCCUCGGCACGCCGUCGGUGCUCGUGGCCCGCCUCCGCGUGGUCGUCGGGCCUGCCGCGGGCGAGGGCGGCGACGCGGAGGCCCGCCGCCCCGAGGCUGCGCCGGAGCCGCGGGCCGGCUCG